GCGGUUCACUCCUCCCGGAGCAAGUCGCGGAAAGCGCACUUCAGCGCUCCAUCCUCCGAGCGCCGUGUGAUUCUCUCUGCUCGUCUGUCGAAGGAAUUGGCUGAAAAAAACAAUCUGACGCAGUUUGCUCCACAGGUCCGCUCUAUUCCUGUUCGCAAGAAUGACGAAGUUUUGAUUCAACGCGGAAGCCAAAAGGGUCGUGAGGGCAAGAUCACCAGCGUUUACAGACUUAAGUGGUCGAUUCACGUGCAGAAUGUGAACCGCGACAAGAGCAACGGCCAGAGUGUUCCUCUCCCCAUCCACCCCUCGAACGUCAUUAUCACCAAACUUCACCUCGACAAGGAUCGCGAAGACAUUUUAGCUCGCUCGGGCAAGGGUCGUGAGGCUCGCAAGUCGGCUUAA